AUGUUUGUAUUGUUUGGUGCUUAUUAUGGGCUUUCACCCCGGGCCCAUAGCCUACCGGUGGGCCCGAGGAUAGGCCCAAAGCCCAACUAUUUAGUGGGUUGGGUUGGGCCUUGGGCUUUAUGGGCUUUGCGGAGGUCUACAUGCGAGGGUUCGCCAACUUUCCAAGAGGAAUAUGGGGGCAGCUACAUACCAAAAGUUAUCAAAACAGAAUUUGGCCUACAGGUGGUGGCGCCAGAUACUCCAUAUGUGGCAGUGGCCGGCCCAGACAAGUUACUCUUCAUCGACAACUGGUUCGAAAUCGAGACUGCAAAGCGCAUGAAGGAACACAUCGAGAAAGCAACUGUGCCAAAUCCGGACGAGUACAUCGCCAUAGACGAGGUUUUGGCUACGGCGGAAGAUGUUGUUUGCAAAGGGGAUGAACAGGCACAACCCGGACGUCGUAACCUGGACCUCAAAUUGCCUGAGUUUGAGUCCGCUGGCGAGUGGUUGGUGACCUACGACCUGGACAAUAUACCUACGGAGCGGGCCGAUAAUGCUGGGCUACAAGACUGA